AUGGCGGCAAACGUCCUCGUCAGAAACCUCAACGCGAUACAAGAGACUCAGCAGCAGGCCUCAGUCAGCACCAUCGACCAUGCCCUCGAUGGCCAAUCUCGAUUUGGAGAGAUAGUUGCCAUUCUGGCUGUCGGAUCCGUUCUUUCGACUGCGGCGGUUAGUCUUCGGGUUUACACUAGGGUCAAGAUGCUGCGAACUUUCGGACUGGACGAUUCGGUGAUGGUGGUUGCUCAGAUGUUCCUCAUCGGAUCGGCUGUUGCCAUUGGGCUUGAAAGCAAGUGGGGUCUUGGUUUUCACUCUUGGGUUCCUCCCCCUGAGGACUACGUUCCUUACAUGAAGUCCUUUUACUCUUCGAUCAUCGUGUACAACAUCGCGACCUGCCUCGUCAAGGUCUCUAUCCUCUUACAGUACCGUCGUAUUUUCGCCAUCGACAUUAUGCAGAAGUUGACACUAUGGGGUCUUGCUUUCAUGAUCUCGUGGACUGCCAUGCUCUCCUUCCUUCUCCCUAUGAUGUGUCUUCCCGUUGCCGCCUUCUGGGACCCGACCAUCGAAGGUCGAUGCAUAGACUUUCUUGCCAUUUGGUACACCAUGGCUGGAGUCAACCUCGUAGCCGACUUUGCCAUUUUCAGCAUGCCGAUUCCGGUCAUAAACUCGUUGCAGCUCCCUCGCAAGCAGAAGCGAAUGUUACUCGUAGUAUUCUGUCUUGGCUUCUUUACUUGCAUCAUCUCCGCACUCCGAAUCCGAACCCUCCGCGUUGCAGCAGACACCAAAGAUCCGUACUGGGAUAACGUGGACGCCGCAACAUGGUCCUUCCUCGAGGUCGCUAUAGGCAUUUUGGCGGCCUGUCUCCCCACCCUCCGACCAAUCUUCGUCACUCUACUGCCACGCCUCUUCAACGCGUCCUCACUACAGUUCAGAAGCAGUGGCAGACCAUCGAAGUAUGGAAACCCUUACGCUCAGGCUAGCGAAGGCAACAACAGAGCCAGUUUCAUGCGCGGACUGGGGAUUCAUCGCCCUUUGAGCAGCACGGAAGGGUUGAAUCACCAAGACGGAGUUGAGUUGUCCGGACAGGAGAGUGAGACGUCGGCUGAGUACACCGUCAGCGUCAGUACAGGAGCACCCGAUAGCCUGGACAAAAUGUCUCGGGUGAAGAGCAAGAGGGACAGUGUGAUGGAUGAUCAGCAUGUUAGGGGACACAUUCGGACCACGACUGUGGUGACUCAGGAAGUUACGUUCGAGAAGCCUUCCAGUGCCAAGUCAGAGCCGGACCAGGAAUGA